UUUCCCCCUUCUUGAAUCACUGUAAUACAGGAACAGAGGUGAAGAGGCCAAGGAAGGAGGAGGACCAGGCAACAACUUUAUCAGUUUUACCAGAAUGGACAGUCAGGAGGUGGGAGGUUUACUGGAGGAGUGCCUCAGAGAAGCUCAAUGGUCCAUCCAGCCCACUGAGGCAGAGAGGCUGAACCACUGCAGCUGCAGAGACUCACUGUGUGCUGAACUGGCCUCUCUCCUGGAGGAGGCAAUGGAGAUGAAGUGGCCCUUCGUGCCGGAGAAGUGGCAGUACAAGCUGUCAGUCGGCGCCAACGACAAAACCAACCUCAGUGACCUCAUCAGCAAGCACCUACCUCAGCUACUGGCUGUUUUAAAGGCUUCCAUCGUGGCUCAGGAAGCACGCACAGCGCUGGCAGUGGUCUUCUUAGUGGACCGUUUCCUCUACUGGACGGACGAGUCCAGCCGGCUGUUAAACAUCACCAAGCUGCUCCACAGACGCCACCCUGACACCCCUGUGGCCCCCCAGCUGGUCAUACGACAGGCCAGGGUGUACCUCAACUCUGGCAAACUGCAGAAGGCAGAGUACAUCCUGAACAGUCUGAUUAACAAUAGCGGGGCCACAGGUUGUUGGGUGUACCACUCUGACAGUGACAGGGCUCUUGUGCAGGCCGUUAGCGUUCAAGUGCGGGGAAUGAUUUUGCAAAAGCUAGGCCUGUGGUUAGAGGCUGCAGAGCUAAUCUGGGCCUCUCUGGUUGGCUACUUCUCACUUCCUCAACCUGAUAAAAAGGGCAUUGGAACUUCUCUUGGCAUACUGGCCAACAUACUGGUGUCUAUGAAUGAUGAGGACUUCCAUGCUUUUAGGAUUAAUCCAGAUAUUGAAUUUAAGUCCUUACUUGGGGAUGGGAGUCAUCGUCUUCUUUCAGCAGCCCAGGCAGCAAAGAUGGCCGUGGUAUACAGCCAGUACACCUCACUCUAUGUGUUGACCAAUGUAGCAACUCAAGGGACCUGCUUGUUAUCAUACAGUUUUUCUGUGGAGUGCCCUGACUCUCAAAGAGAGUUUUUCCUCCUGCAGGGCAGAGAGGCAUUUGCAAUUGGUUUGCUCACCAAAGCAGAGGGCGAGCAAGUCACUAGCAAGCAGGAGCUUCACACCUUCCUCAAGGCUGCCUAUUCCCUUACUGUCGCUCACAAAUGGCUCGGCACUCCUCAGGAGGUUGUGGCACAGGCAACACAGGCCUGCCAGAAAGCUUUAGCCAGUUUCUAUGAUUAUUGUCAUGCAGAGAACCAAGUCAAAGAUAGCCUUUGUGCUGAGAUCAUGAAACUGGUUUCCCAAGUCAAGCUUCUGUUGCGAGUGGAGCCUUUCCUUAAUUCAGACAAGGGGUCUUUUAUUCCUGACAGCUACAGAAACAUUGAAGAUACAUCAGUAAAUUUUACUCUGGAAGGUUUCACUAAGGUGAUGCAGAGAUUACAGAAGUAUAAUGCGUCACUGUGCGAUACCACCAACCCAAACUGUAAGGGGACUAAAGAUGAGAUAGAUGGGGCAAGGCUGUGUAUAACUGCACUGUGGACAACCCCUGAUACACUCAACACAGAGUGUAGCACUGAGGCCUGCAAAGUGUCAAAAGGUACACCCACAGGAGAGGAGCCACAUAAGAGAGGUUCAAAUUCAUCUGUGCAUCCACCACAAAAGCCAGACACGCGUACCACUCGAGGGAGAACAGAUGACCUUGGCUCAUCAUGGCAGAACCUCUCCUUGAGCGGUUCAGGGUCUUCUUGGCCCAGCAGCAGUGGCUACGCAGGAAGUAGUGCCAUUGAAGGUGGAGCAAAUGCAAGGAAUCAGAGCUGUGUGAUCACUGAGGUUGAUGAUGAGAGGUCAGACAGCAUGCUUCAAUUCACUGAUGAAAACGAGAAGCAAGAGUCACAUGGUUGUAACUCUGCUGCCAGUUCCCAUACAGUCCCACAAUCCGCGAUACCUGCCACUUCCUCCUCCGAUGCGAGUAGUGAUUCAGAAAAGUUUGAGGUGAUACAAGCUGGAAUAGAGACACUGGGCACUGAGAAGGAUUGUAUGAUUGAUGCUGCUGGUGUGGCACAGAACCCAACAGUAGCUGAAGGAGCACCACAAUCCUUAUCCCAGCUAACUCUCAGAUCAUCCUCCAGCUCCCUCAGUGACAGUUUCGGUUCCCAGUCAUCAUGGGAAAAAAUCUCAGCUGACCUUAACCCCCCCACAAAGAGAAAACCUCAGCCAUCCAGCCUGCCAAAAGCAGGAACGGGCCAAAGCAGCAAGUCAUCAGAGUCCGAUGGGAACUUCUUCCUGUUGGAAACACUUGAUUAUGAAACCAGUGAUUCAGCUCAUGAUGUCACGUACAAAAACGCAUCCGGAUGGGAAUUCAAAGCCUCAUCCAAGCCACAACCCCUGGAGAGCCUUAAUGUAUACCCAAAUACAGACACUGAGGUUGACUCUGUAUCUGUAAAACCUCCUAGCAACAGCUCCUUAGCAACCCCACACCCAAACCUCUUCCAGUGUGCCCCCACUGAAACCUCCACAGAGAGUUCAUUUGAGAUGCUGGAGGAGAGUCAAAGUGAACACCAAUGCAGUGAAGGCUCUUCUACAGAAAAAGUGAAUGGCCCUCAGAGGAAGAACCCCUCGUGCUACAGCUGCCUAAAGCACAGCAUCGUAGGUAGUGUUUUCCCUAAGCAACAGUAUUUGUUGUCACAGAAGGAUUACGAAGCCCUACUUGCUGGAAUUUGUCAUGAUUGUCUGCUGAAGAGGUUGCACAGUGAUGAGGCACAAUUCAAACUCAAGGAACACAGAACCGCCUACUGUGCUCUUCAUUUAAAGUUCUCCAAAGCAAAAGGACUGUGGACAGCAAGGGAGACCUGUGUUUACAUCGGAGAGCUAAUGGGGAUGAAGGGCGGGCAGAGAGAAGCAAUAUGGGUACAGUUUUUACACCAGGAGGAAAGGUUAAGCAGUUAUGUGGGGAAGGAUUACUUAAAGCCAAAGCAGAUCCAGUUUCACCUGAAAGACGUGGAGAGACAGAUGACAGCCCAGUACUAUGUGACUGAAUUCAAUAAGAGUCUCUUCGACAGAGACGUCAUGGCUCAGAUCUUCUUCAUUCCCUCAGAGGCGCUGUUGAUUUUGAAUGGGAAUGAGAUCGUGGGUUGUGUAACGGUGGAGCCCUACAUGCUCGGAGACUUUGUCAAACUCACCAACAACAGUGGAAAGAAGGACGAGAGUCUCAAGGCUACAAAAUAUGGCCUUGCCUUUGGACACUUCACCUACCAGUUCUCUGGCUACCAGGAAGUCGUUGUAGACCUUCAAGGAUGGGUGACAGCCAAUGGCAAAGGGUUGACCUACUUAACCGACCCCCAGAUCCACUCCACCAAGACCCCUAAAGGCCCGUCCAACUUUGGCGCCAGAGGCCUCAGGUACUUCCUGGAAGAGCAACAUGGACCAGAGUGCAAUGGCAUUUGCCAGCUGCUCAAACUACCUCCAGUGGUCAGACAUCCUCAUGUUGUUCCCUAGAAACUUGCUGAUAUUCAGUGUUUGCAUUCACAAUUAAGUGAAAAAUUAAUGGUUUUGAAUAUGAGUAACAUGACUUUGAUGCAAGCUUCUGAAAUCUACAGGUUUACAUAAGUUAGCCUCAAUGACAUACUAUCAGACAUACUACUGAAAUGAAGGACAGAAAAAUGAUUAGAGUUUACA